UAUUCCUCUACCUCUACCUGUGCGCUGAAAAUAAAAGUUGUUUACUCUCCGGUCUGCGGCGACGUGAAAAUAGGAACUAGAAUAAGUAUUUAAUAAAAAAAAGUAUACCAAACCAUGUCGUCCUCCGAUGGGGCUCCGGAUAGCAAGAAGCCACGUCCCGAGAGCAGCAGCAAUGGCAGCAAGGACCAAAAUGGAACGGCGACCGGUGCCGGAGGCGAUUCCCGUGAUAAAGUGGCACUGAUAACAGGCAUAACGGGCCAGGAUGGCUCCUAUUUGGCCGAGUUCCUGCUCAAGAAGGACUACACGGUGCACGGCAUCAUCCGGCGGGCCAGCACCUUCAACACCACACGCAUCGAGCAUCUUUAUGCCGAUCCCAAGGCGCACAAGGGCGGCCGGAUGAAGCUCCACUACGGCGAUAUGACGGACAGCAGCAGCCUGGUUAAGAUCAUCAAUAUGGUGAAGCCCACGGAGAUUUACAAUCUGGCGGCACAAUCCCAUGUCAAGGUCUCCUUCGACCUCAGUGAGUACACGGCCGAGGUGGAUGCCGUGGGCACGUUGCGCAUCCUGGACGCCAUUCGCACUUGUGGCAUGGAGAAGACGGUGAAGUUCUACCAAGCCUCCACUUCGGAGCUUUAUGGCAAAGUGGUGGAGACGCCACAGAACGAACAGACGCCCUUCUAUCCAAGGUCGCCAUAUGCCUGCGCCAAAAUGUACGGCUUCUGGAUCGUCAUCAACUACCGCGAGGCCUACAACAUGUACGCAUGCAAUGGCAUCCUAUUCAACCAUGAGAGUCCGCGGCGUGGGGAGAACUUCGUGACGAGAAAAAUCACCCGCAGCGUGGCCAAGAUCUAUCACAAGCAAAUGGAGUACUUCGAGCUGGGCAAUCUGGACUCAAAACGCGACUGGGGACAUGCCAGCGAUUAUGUGGAGGCCAUGUGGAUGAUGCUGCAGCGCGAUUCUCCAUCCGACUACGUCAUUGCCACGGGGGAAACGCACAGUGUGCGCGAAUUCGUGGAAGCCGCGUUCAAGCACAUCGAUCGCGAGAUAACGUGGCAGGGCGAGGGCGUGAACGAGGUGGGCGUGGAGAGCGACACAGGCAUAGUUCGUGUCCGCAUCAAUAAGAAAUACUUCCGGCCCACGGAGGUGGAUCUGCUGCAGGGCGACGCCUCCAAGGCCAAGCGGGAGCUCAACUGGACGCCCAAAGUUAGCUUCGUAGAGCUGGUCAGCGACAUGAUGAAGGCCGACAUCGAGUUGAUGAGGAAGAACCCCAUUGCCUAGGGCCUGGUAGCCCGGUUUGGGAGUUGAUACGGCACAAAGCUCUCUGCCCGCUCGCGGAGCUAUACACUAACCAUAGUCCUAAGCGUGAAUAGUGAUCAUUGUAUUUGUUUGUCAACGCUGUGCAUGUAUUUCUGUAUUCUCUUGGGGAUUUGCAAUCAUUCCUUUUUCUACUUUGUCGCGUAUGUUCACGUUCUGUGUGUGAUUCUAAUUGUUUUUAUACACUUUACCAAAUCUAACGAAUAUUUGCAAUAAAUACGUUUAAACCACAAA